AUGAGUAAACAAUAUAAGGACAUAAGAGCAAAUUUUGUUUUUGAUGUUGCUCCUAAAAGUACUCACUAAUCAAGCGAUGAAUAGCCAAUGGCAAUUAAGCAAUCAAAUCCAAUAAAAAUUGAUAAUCAGGAACAGGAUUUGAAGGGAAUUAGUUAAUAACGAUAAUCAAAUUUUGAUGAGGAAAAGUUGAAAUCGUAUUAGAAAAUGUUUGAGAUGUGUCAACAAUUAUAUAAUGACAAAGCUUAAUUAAUAGAUGUAUAAUUGUAUUUGAUUAGAGACAGUCGAUUAAUAAUAGAAAUAAAUAUUAGAACUAGAGAGACAAAUUAAUGGAUAUGAAAAUUUGCAAGCAAAGUAUGAAAAGGAGUAGAUGCAAUUAAAAGAGGAAUAAUAAUAGUAUAUUUAAGAGAUUGAAACAUUGAAAUGUCAGUUAUAAGUAGUGAUGGACUCAGGAUAGGAUAUAAAUUAGAUAUAAAAUAAUCAGGAUGAGCUCUAUGAAUAAUUAAUGAAUUUCAUUUAUAAGGAAAAUCUUUCAGAGUUGAUAAAUGAUUUGGAUAAAAGUAAUAAAAAGAUGAUUGUAUUGUUUUUAGUGGAAUAUGUAAAUUGUUGUUUUGAUGGUUUAGUUAAUUAACUAAUAUGUGUAAAAAAAAAAUCAGGAGGAAAUCUACUAGAUCCACAUUUAGGACAAUAUUUAAAUAAUUUAUGAUUUAUAAAGUAAAAUUUAAGACCUUACUUGUAUUCCUUUCAGAAUUACUACUCCGAAGAGUGUAUUAAGCGACACUUUAAAAUAGAGCAAGAUGAGCAAUAGUGCAAGCAAUUUCCAUAAAACUAGCAGUAAUAACAAUGUUGACAAGGAGGAAUUGUAACAAAAGAUUGGUAUUAUGAUACUCUUAAUUAGCGUCUUUAAAGCGUUAAGGAAAACAGAUAAAUCAAAAAUGGCAAGAGUUUUGUGAAAAUAUUCUAAGGGAAAGGAAUGAAGUAAUUAAAUACCAUAAGAAAUAAAUUGAAUCAAUUAAUGAGUAGAAUGUUGAGUUAAAGAAGACUAUCUCUGAAAUUAUAUAAUAUUUGGGAUAGAAUUAAUAAGACUUAUGGAUUUAAAUGUUAGAUAUUAAAUAAAAAAUACAUUUUAAGGUUAUUGAUUUGAGUAGAAGUGACAAUGCCAAUAAACUUUUGCUAGAGGUAGAACUAAAACAAUUAUUCUCAAUACAAGCGCAAUUAAGAAGUCAAUUAAAUCGCAAUAGACCGUUAAGAAAAGAUUAAUAAUGAAUUAUAUGCUAAUGAGAUAAUUGUUG